GUUCAGGCGUGGCUUGGUGGUCAAUGUAUUCAAUUAAUGCUCAGAGCCAUUUUCAGUAAUAAUUUGGAUUCAAAAUUAUCUGGCAGUAUCAGUGGAACGACCCCAUUUCAAUAUCUUGGCUUCAUAAUCUUCUGGACUUUAUCGUUACCAGCUAUUUGGUUUCCUCCUCAAACAAUUCGUCAUUUAUUCACCGCUAAAGCUGCUGUUGUUCCAAUUGCAGGUAUUGCAUUUUUAAUUUGGGCUAUUGUAAAGGCUGGUGGUAUUGGUCCAGUGGUUCAUCAAGAAACAACAAUUUCUGGUAGCAAACAUGGUUGGGCUUUUAUUGCUUCAUUAAUGAACUGUAUUGCAAAUUUUGCAACAUUGAUUUUAAACGCACCAGAUUUCUCUCGUUUUGCUAAAACAAAAAAAUCAUCCUUCUGGUCACAAGCUAUUUCAAUUCCAUUUUGUUUUGCUUUGACAUCCUUAAUUGGUAUUUUAGUAUCUUCUGCUUCAACAAUUAUUUAUGGUAGAACUUACUGGUCGCCUUUAGAUGUCUUGGGAUUGUUUCUUGAAAACUAUAAAUCAGGAAAUAGAGCUGGUGUCUUUUUUAUUGCUUUUGCAUUCGCUUUAGCACAAUUGGGUACUAACAUUUCAGCUAAUUCUUUAUCAGCUGGUACUGAUAUGACCGCAUUGCUUCCAAGAUAUAUCAGCAUUAGACGUGGUGGUUUCAUAUGUGCUGCGAUUUCAUUAUGUAUUUGUCCAUGGAACUUUUUUAAAUCCUCAAACAACUUUACAAGUUAUUUAUCAUCUUAUAGUGUCUUUUUAAGUGCAAUUUCCGGUGUUGUUUUUUCAGAUUAUUUUUGGGUUAGAAGAGGAUUACUUAAGUUAUUACAUUUAUAUACAGGUGACAAAAACAGUGAUUAUAGAUUUAACAAAAUUGGCGUUAAUUGGAGAGCUUAUGUUGCUUACAUUUGUGGUAUUUUAAUUAACAUUGUUGGAUUUGCUGGUGAUGUUGGUCAAGAUGUUCCAAUUGGGGCAACUUAUAUUUAUAGACUCAACUAUUUUUGUGGGUUUAUCAUUUCAUUCGUAUUAUAUGGUGUUUUGUCUCAUUUCUUCCCCUUCCAAGGUAUUCCCAUCAGCAAUAUCUUCAAAGAUAAGGGUUGGUUCCAAGAAUGGCAAGAAGUUGAUGAUUUUGAAGUUUCUAAAGAUUUGAGCGUUGUUGAGUAUGGUGAAGCUCCAAAACCAGAAAAGUCGUUUUAAAAGCAAAAUAUUUGGCUUCUUAUGGCUUAUAGAUAGCCUUUUAGGUGGUCUAUUUUUUUUUUUCUAAAUUAAUCUUUUAUAGCUUUUUAUGUUUUUUUUAUUUGUGUUCUUUUAAUUAUCAAUUUAGAAUUAAUCUUUUUUUGUUUGUUCA